CUGCGCAACAGUUGUAUUCAAACAUGGCGCUCGUAAGGUCUCUUGCAAGCGCUCGAGGCAAGGGUGUCUUUUCAGCGAUUUGCCGCAAUGCCUUUAGCACAACCCCGAGGGCCUCGGCAACGAUGACUGUCAGAGAUGCCCUAAACUCUGCCAUGGAGGAGGAGAUUAAAAGGGACGAUAGAGUUUUCUUGUUGGGUGAAGAAGUGGCCAUGUAUGAUGGUGCUUACAAGGUAAGCAGAGGGUUGUGGAAAAAGUUUGGUGAUAAGAGAAUAAUAGACACUCCCAUCACUGAGAUGGGCUUUGCUGGUAUUGCUGUGGGGGCAGCUAUGGCUGGCCUUAGACCUAUCUGUGAGUUCAUGACUUUUAAUUUUGCAAUGCAAGCUAUUGAUCAGGUCAUUAUUGUUUUAUUUGGUCUCUAUCAAACCUAGGUCCCAGUCCCUGUAGUUUUCAGAGGUCCAAAUGGUGCAGCUGCAGGAGUGGCUGCUCAGCAUUCACAGUGUUAUGCUGCUUGGUAUGGUCACUGUCCUGGCCUGAAGGUGGUAUCCCCUUAUUCAGCUGAAGAUGCUAAAGGUUUGCUGAAGUCAGCCAUCAGAGAUAAUGAUCCAGUGGUGGUGCUUGAAAAUGAAGUCAUGUACGGUGUGCAGUUUGAUAUGCCAGAGGAAGCAUUAGACCCUGAGUUUGUAAUUCCCUUUGGAAAAGCUAAAAUAGAGAGAACAGGAAGUCAUAUAACCAUCGUAGCUCACUCAAGGUCUGUUCAGAUUUCUCUGGAGGCUGCGAAACAGCUUGAGGCAGAAAAUAUUGACUGCGAGGUGAUAAAUUUGCGGAGCAUCCGUCCAAUGGACAUGGAAUGUAUUACAAAUUCUCUCAAGAAAACCAACCAUUUGAUUACAGUGGAGGGUGGCUGGCCUCAGUUUGGUGUUGGGGCAGAAAUUGCUGCUACUAUCACAGAAAGCGAGGCAUUUGACUAUCUGGAUGGACCUAUCUACCGAGUUACUGGGGCGGACAUUCCUAUGCCGUAUGCUCAUCUCUUAGAAUCAAACACAAUUCCUCAGGUUCAAAACGUCGUCCUUACCGUGAAGAAAUCUCUCAAUCUAGCUUAAAAAUAUAAAAUGAAACUACAAUACUACAGUACUUCAUAUUUUACUGACUGCUAAGAACAGAAUCGUAUUAUCUUGAAUUUUCAAACCCUAGCUAUAAAUAUUCAAUAGCAUUCUGUAAUGUUUUCAUGACCUUUGUUUUACUUAUUGGUACCUAUGUCCGGGUGGUACCUGAAACUUUUACUAUUCUUGAUGAAUCGAUUUUUAUUGUUUUUCAAUUGAGUAUUAUAAGACACUAAAAUGUAGAUUACUGUAAGCCUCGUUUAUAGGGAUUGAAAAACCUGAAGGAUAA